CUUUUCCUUUUUUUUUUUUUGCACGCUUUCUAUUUUGAUUCAUAGGACUUCACCUAAUAUGACACCACAAGAAACUUUUGAUAAAGGUGUGAGUUUGCGCCUGGAAGGAAACGAACUCUUCAAGAAAGCUGAAUACAAAGAAGCUCUCACCAAGUAUUAUCAUGCUAUUCUUCAUUUGCGAACUGUGGGUGGACAAAAGAAUAAAGCUGAAUUUGAAGCUAAUUCGAAUGAGCAGUUGGUUAUGAUCUACAAUAACAUGGCAGCUGUAAAUAUCAAGCAAAACAACUGGAUACGUGCAAUGGAAAACUCAAAAAAGGCUUUGGAACUAGAUGGCAAGAAUGUGAAAGCAAAGUUUCGACUUGCUCAAGCAUACAUGCAACAAAAUGAUAUUGACAAAGCAGAGCCACUUUUGGCCCAAGUAUUAGCCGUCAAUCCUGAUGAUGCUGCGGUCAAACUAGAAAUUGCAAAACUCAAGAAACAAUCAAAAUCUCAAGAAGGAAAGCAAAAAUUGGUCUACCAAAAGAUGAUGGCAAAAAUGGCACAAGAAAAUCAAGUGGAUGUGUAAAUCUACUACUUCGUACUACCCUUUUUAUUAUACACUUUGUACAGUUUUACCCCUUGUGUUUACACGCACAUACACUCACAUAUAUAUAUAUUAAACAAACAUUUACGCAAUCCUAUCCUCUGUAAUCAUUUUUUUUUCAAUAUGAUUCACUUUAUUAUUUACAAAUAUUUAAUAAAAAAAAAAAAUAAAAAAAAUAAAAACUAUAUGUAUACCUAACUACAGACAUGACGACUAAAAAAAAAAAA